AUGGGUCGGAUAGUGACUGAAUCUCAAUGGGUUCCUUGGUACAGAAGACACUCGCCACCAGCUUUUUGUUUUCCUUGCCUUCCUGCCUAUAUGGGAAUCUGGAAAGCUAGACGCGCCGUUCUUGCCGCUGGUCUCAUUUGUUUCUUCAUCGGCGCAAUGAUGGUCUUCGCCGCUUUAUUGAUUUGUAUUGCGGUCGAAUGUGGAGGACUUGGCGGUGUUCUAUUCCCGUUGGGUCUUCUCUUGUUAAUCGUCGGCAUAUUGUUGUUACAUUGUGGUUGGGCAGCUCAUCUUUUAAACGAUCAAGGGCAAAUGCCUAUGAGAAAAACGGUGACUACAACAACGACGACUUAUUCGAGUGACGCCGAUCCGGAGGAGGACGAUGAAAGAGAUUUGGGCGACGCCUAUAAACCACCAAUGCCUGAAGUUCGACAGGGUUUCUGGCAAUUCGACGAGGAAACAAGCUGGCAAGCCGCCUCGAAUCCCUAUCCAAUUCAAAGCACCCUCAAGUACUGCCUCGAUCGUCCAGACUAUUGCCCGGAUCCAGCUCCAGUAAAUCGACUUCAC